GAUUGCCUCCCGCAGGACCCCAACUGGGGCCAGGAACGAAUGGCAACCGAGGGCUUUGUCCUUUCCCUUAGCUCUGGUCCCUCCCCUUCUCCGGCACCCGGGCUGCGGAGCUGGGAACCACUGAGACGGCCAAGCCUCCAAGCCGCCCAGAAGGCCCGGAAGUCUGUGGGACGGAGCGGGCGCUGGCGUCGAGGCCCGUUUCCGACGUCUUAGCGAGUUUCGAGCCUCCGGCGGUCCUCGGGGAGGACUGUGCUUUGUGAAGGCAGAGACCUUGUGCAUUGUCUACUGCUGCAUCCCAUUGCUUGGUUGAGCACCUGGUGCACAUGGCAACCACCCCUCAAGUGUUCAUGGAGUUAUUCACAACCACCACAUGCUCUGAAAGAUGAACGAAGCCUCAGGGGGCAGAUGUUCAAGUGCUGUGGCUGCUUUGGUUUCAUCCUGUGUCCCUGCCAGAGAAUAUCUGGGGGUGGAGGUCUCUCAGCCAAGACACAUGGAUGCUCACCCACCAAGCCUCAUGGAGGCAGUGACAUUUGGUGAUGUGGCUGUGCACUUCUCGCGGGAGGAGUGGCAGUGUUUGGACCCUGGCCAGAGGGCCCUCUACAAGGAGGUGAUGCUGGAGAACCACAGCAGUGUUGCCGGACUAGCAGGAUUUCUGCUCUUCAAGCCAGAGCUGAUCUCCCGGCUGGAGCAGGGGCAGGAGCCGUGGGUCCUCGACCUGCAGGGAACAGAAGGGCGAGAGGCACCAAGGACUCCCCAGACAGAUUCUACAAUAAGCAUUGAUGGUGAGCAGGCCGGUGAAGAUGUGCACAUGCUGAAAUCAGAAUCCCUGUCAGCAUUGGUCAAAACCCCCCUUCAGGAUUCUCCUCAGAGCCCUGGCUUCAGAAACACCCGUGAUUCUGAGGUCUGGCCAGAGAACAAGCUCAGCUCUCUUUUCCAGAAACACCACUUACACAUGGUGAGUCCCAGGAAGACCUCUGCCAUGGAGGAUGUGCAGGGACAUGGUGACUUGGGUUGUCAGCCUGGGAGAAGUCAGGGGGUUCCUGCAGAUGGGUUAUCCCAAAGGUGCGAUGUGUGUGGCAGGAGUUUCAGAUUCACGGCUCUGCCUCAGGAAGUCGGUGUACAGAAGAAAACUAACAAAUGUCAGGAGUGCCAGAAAAAGUUAUCUGAUUGCUUACAGGGGAAAUAUCAAAGUAGCUGCCACAGGGAGAAGCCAUAUGAGUGUGAGGAAUGUGGGAAAGUCUUCAGGUUGUGUUCACAGCUUAAUCAGCAUCAGAGAAUCCACACUGGAGAGAAACCAUUCAAAUGUAUUGAGUGUGGAAAAGCCUUUCGCCUGAGCUCAAAACUUAUUCAGCAUCAAAGAAUUCAUACUGGAGAGAAACCCUACAGGUGUGAGGAGUGUGGGAAAGCCUUUGGUCAGAGCUCCAGCCUUAUCCACCAUCAGAGGGUGCACACAGGAGAGAGACCCUAUGGCUGUUGUGAGUGUGGGAAGGCCUUCAGCCAGCAGUCUCAGUUGGUCAGACACCAGAGGACUCACACUGGAGAGAGGCCCUACUUGUGCCAGGAGUGUGGGAAAGCCUUCAGCCAGAGCUCAACCCUGGCUCAGCACCAGCGGAUGCAUGCUGGGGAAAAGCCUCCAGUUUCAAGAACCCUGGAUGGUGCCAGCCUUGUUGCCCAUCAGAGAAUCCACACUGCAGAGAAACCGUUUAAGUGUGAUGAGUGUGGGAAGGCUUUCAGGUGGGUCUCUCGCCUUAGUCAGCAUCAGCUGACUCAUACUGGAGAGAAACCAUAUAAAUGCAACAAGUGUGUGAAAGCCUUUGGUUGUAGCUCACGGCUUAUUCGCCACCAAAGAACUCACACUGGAGAAAAACCAUUCAAAUGUGAUGAGUGUGGGAAGGGCUUUGUCCAGGGCUCACAUCUAAUUCAGCAUCAGAGAAUUCACACUGGAGAGAAACCCUAUGAGUGUAGUGACUGUGGAAAAGCCUUCAGCCAGAGCUCAAGCCUCAUUUACCAUCAGAGGAUCCACAAGGGAGAGAAGCCCUAUGAGUGCCUGGAAUGCGGAAAAGCCUUCAGUAUGAGCACACAGCUCACAAUCCAUCAGAGGGUUCACACCGGGGAGAGGCCCUAUAAAUGUGGUGAGUGCGGGAAAGCCUUCAGUCAGAACUCAACCCUUUUCCAACACCAGAUCAUUCAUGCUGGAGUGAAGCCCUAUGGAUGCAGUGAGUGUGGGAAAGCCUUCAGUAGGAGUUCGUACCUUAUUGAGCACCAGAGGAUUCACACACGAGCCCAGUGGUACCAUGAAUAUGGGGGCACCCUGGAGGGUUCUACCCAUGUGAGCCGUAAAAAAGUUAGCACUGUAAAGAAACUACACAAAUGUAAUGAAUGUGAGAAAAUAUUCAGAUGGCGCUCGCAUCUAAUUAUACAUCAGAGGAUUCAUACUGGAGAGAAACCUUAUAAAUGUAAUGAAUGUGGCAAAGCCUUUAAUCGGAGCUCAAGGCUCACUCAGCAUCAAAAGAUUCAUAUGGGAUAGACCAUUCACCUCUGUAAAUGUGUGUAAAUGGAAAUAAACCCACAGCCUUAACCUACUUAUUUUAUAUGGAGGAUUGUUGAUAUUGACAAGUUAGAAUGUUGGUAAAGAUUCAGAAUUGCUUUCUUAAGAAUAUCCAAGUUCAAAGUGUGUUUAUUUGCCGGAAUUUUGACAUCCCAUUUGGUAAAGCCUGUGUCUCUUGCAUCAGGGUGCCCAUGUGUAGAGUACUUAGUGCAAAGAGGGAAGACCCCAGGUCCUGCAUCUGAGACCUGAGAAGUCCUUGAGCUAUGCCAGACGAGAUACUCAGUGUCUUCAGCACCAGUUACUCAGACUGGCUUCAGCAAGGAUGUGUGAGCUUGUGUGCACAUAAGUCCAGAAGAGAAGUGUCUGAAAUUCCUUUCUGCCUUCACUUGACUCCUUUUCUUUAAACCUCUUCCCCCAUCAGCAGCCCAGGCAUGCAGUCACCCAGGGUCAACUUGAGUUUCCAUAUGGGUCAGCCACUCUGGUUAAUCUGACCUAUAAUCUGGGACCAUGUACUUUGUCUCACAGAGCAUCUAAUUAAGGCCUGGAGGCCACUGGAUGAGGUGGACCUGCAGCAUUGACCCUAGCCCUGCCCAGGGUCCUGGACUCACCAGCCAUGUGUGAGUCUAGGGGCCAGGAGUCCUGCUUGGACAGGCUGCUGCCCAGGGCCACCCACUCAAGACCUGCUGACAUUUGGUGCCAUUGCCAUAAUCACAGGGGCAAUAUGAGACCCUACCCCCAUCCCAGUGGAGGGGCCCAUUUCUUCCCCCUGUGGACAGGUAGCCCAGAGGGACACAGGUCACUUCAGGAUCUGUGGUGACACUUGAUUUGGGUCACUAUCACACUAGUUGAGUCAAGCCCAAGAUCUUGCUGCUUCCAUCACUGUGCGUAGCGUAGCCUGUAGCAGGCUAUGGAUUUGUGUCAGGUGAAGGAAGUGCUUUCUUGUCCCUGUGUUUGUACCAGGAGGUUCCCAAGCUUUCUGCUAGUGUUGGGAGCAGUGGAGUUUGAGAUGGUCGAGUUUAUGUGAGUUUGUUUUUACAGCAUGUAGGUGGGGGUCUCAACCUGCAGCUGGUCAGCUUGAUCGCCCGCUGCUGCUGCUGCUUACCCAGUGCAGUGUGUGACAUGUCCCCCACCUGGUGCCAGGACAUCAUGAAAUUGGUGUGCCCUCUUCUCCAGUCAUCCCUGCUCCACCCAGAACUUAUGUCUGGAAGGGUAUGUGCCAGAGGACCAGGGACUUCUGUACAUUGUGCAGAAGUUAUGCUCAUUGUGUCCCUGCUUUGGCUGCUGUGCUCAACCAGGUGGCAACUGCCAGCACAUCUGGACAGGUGAGCUCAAUCUGAAAGGGCCACAAAUGUUUAGGCUCUCACCCAACAGUGCUUUGUGAGCCAUGGUACUGAGUGGACAGGGCACACUUAUGCCCUCUAUUGGCACUUGGUACUGUCAUGCACUGGAGGGCCUCUCCAUUGGACCCCACCUCCCUUGCCUCCUAGGUAAUGAGGGACAAAGGGAUGGAUAGAGGGUUAUAUGGACUCUUCCCUAUCCAUCCUGGGCAUGAUACUUUCCCCUAACAGUGACUGCAGACCAGGCAAGAAGUCCAGAGGCUUUCACCUUAAAUCCACUUCAGCACCUGAAUCUCUGGACAGCUGUGGUCCUGGAUCAGGGACUAGUGAACUAUGGCCUGUGGGCCAAACCCAGUCCACAGCCUGCUUUUGUGUUAACCGAACACCGAGGCCAUUAGAUUGGGUGGCUCGAAUGCCUCUGUACCUACCCAGCUGACAAAAGCUAAGCCAGUCAAUUCCUCUAAAUGCAUCUGUCACAGCCAACCAGGCUUCCCAAUAAGGCAACUGCUAAGCUAUAGCCAAUCAGA